AUCCCCUCAGAGUUCUAGCUGAUUGGGUUUACUGCUGCUGGCGUUCAGCACCUCUAGCUUGGAAUCCUUGACGUCAUCACGGAGAUUUGCAUGAUCAGACGUGCCUCCAUUCACCUUUGGUGGUGUUCGAAUAGAUGUAGCCCUUCCAAUUUUGGGUGCAGCGACCUUGGAAGUUUCAAUGUCAGUACGAGGUGUUUCUCAAGUUGGUUUGAAGUUCCUUGCCUUCGAUGUUUGCCUUUCAGGACCAUUGACAUUUCUCCAGAGCCUUGCAUAUUUGGGUUUUUCAAUGAGCUUAUCCGGUCGCAGUGUUCUGGAGUCUGCGUUGUUCAUCUUUGAUUCAGCAAGCUUGGGCUUCACAACCUUCCCACAGUCUUCUGCACACACGGACCCAUUCACCUCCACCUUUGACUGCGCAUCUCUAGAGAUUUCAUUGUCACCACAACAUCUCUCAUGUUUGGAUAUACUGUUGUCACCCAUCAGCAGCCUGAAAUCAGAUUUUCCCCUCCCAGCCCUGGAUGCUGUGCACCUUGGUUUCACCGUUUCACCACGCAGCUCUGCUCGUUUGGACUCGCCACUGAUUGCUUUGGACUUUGCCACAUCGGAGCUCAUGUCGUUGUUGAAGGGUCGCAUGCGAUUGGAAGCCGCGCUGCUGCCAGUAUCCUUCAGUCGCCCAGACCCCUCGCCCUCCGUUGUGGACCUCGCCCAGCCGGGCGUGUCGUCGUCGCCGCGGGGUUUGCUGCGCUCGGGCGCCGCGCCGCCGGCCUUGGACCUGGCGCAGCUGGGGUCGUCGCCGUUGCUGCGGGCCGUGGGACGAGUGGAGCCGCUGAUGCCGAUGGCUGGGAUGAAGUUGGGUUCAUCCCCUCCAACUUUGGAUGCUGUGCACCUGGACUUCUUCCUACUGACUCGAGCUCUUGCCAGAUUGGAACCAUCCGUGCCUAUCUUCGGUCUCUGUCGCGUUGACUCGCUGGUCACCUUGUUUGUUUGUGACGUCACCACCAUGGGCGCACCGAUGCCUCUUCAAAGUUUUGCUCGACUGGGUCCUAUCGCAUUGAUUCUGGGAGCAGCACUUGUGGGCUCUUCCGUGUCCCUGCAGCAACUCGCACAAUCAGAGCUGUUUCCAGCUGUAUCAGGUGCCGUGCACUUGAACUUCUCUCCGUUCGUCUUGGAUCCUGCGACUCUGGGCCUCUCCUCCUCUGCCCGUGGCGUCACACGCCUGGCCUCGGCUUCGUCGGCGUCAAGCGUGGCAUCCAUGGAGUUGUCGGUGCUGCUGCAGCAGAUGGUACACUUGGACCUUUCCUUGUUUUCCUCGGGAAGAUGUCGAUCAGCUGUAGCCACGUCGACUUUGGAUGCUGUUCAUAUGGAGCCUUCAAUGUCCUUGCGAAGUCUCCUCCACCUGGACCCGACAUCGUCUGCCUGCGAUUUGGCCCACUCAGACGUCUCCCCGUUGUCGCGCGCCGCUGCACGUUUGGAGCUGGGGCUGCUGCUGCUGGGUAAACUGCACCUUGGACUUCCCUUGUCGGUCUUAGAGUUCACCACAGUGGAGAGCACGUCGUCUUCGCAGGGUCCUUCACAGCUGGGUCCUUCAUCUUUGGUCCUGGACCCUGGUUGCCAUGGCCCAGCCUUGUCCUUGCGAUCUCCCAGCUGCGCCUUGCUCCAAUGGUGA